GCUCGCACGCUUCGUCCAAAGCGGACUAACACGGGAGUUCACCCGCUAUUGUCGUCAGAGUCGUUGUUGUUGUCGUUCAGAUCGAGACCCACGAGUCCCGGUGUUCGAGCAGCGGAAAACCGAGAAAAUUUUCGUGAGCGGUGAUUCUGCUGAUUGAUCGUCGACGGUGAUCCGGUUGGAGGUGCACCUUUGAAGUAGCUUUUGGGCUCGAUUUUAUUUACGAAGAACAAUACGGCGGAUAUGAUGGCUGUCGCAGCGGCACAGAAGAAUCGCGAGAUGUUCGCUAUCAAGAAGUCUUACAGCAUCGAGAACGGAUAUCCUGCAAGAAGGAGAUCCCUGGUGGACGAUGCUCGUUUCGAGUCGUUGGUGGUGAAACAAACCAAGCAGAGCGUGUUGGAGGAAGCUCGUCAACGAGCGAAUGACCCGAUAGCUGAUCAGGAUCACAUAGAUACGGAACGUUAUGCUUCGUCUAGCGACGACGAACAAGCGGAAACUUUGGCUUGCGCUGCUAAAGAUGGAGAAGCCAAAGCGGUUGAGUCGUCAUCAGAAAGCGACGGCAAGCCAGAUGAGGAUUAUAAUGAUGACGCGGGACUAACCGAGGAGGAAGUGGUGCUAGCAAAGACCAUAUCCGAGUGUCCCGACAGCGAGCACGCGAUCCAGAAAGCGGCGCUGGUGCUCCGCCUCCGCGAGGGAAUCAGUUCCCUAGCUCGAAUCCUGAAGACAAUCGAGAACUUCAAAGGGACGGUGACCCACGUGGAGUCCCGUCUCUCCCGCAAGGAAGGUCUUCAGUUCGAGGUGUUGGUAAAAGUCGACAUGACCAGGCAGAGUUUGCUGCAGCUGAUCAGGAACCUGCGUCAAAGCGCCGCUCUGGAUGGCGUCACUCUGCUCGCCGACAACUCCGUCAGCAUCAAAGAUCCUUGGUUCCCUCGCCACGCGUCCGAGCUGGAUCACUGCAACCACUUGAUGACCAAAUACGAGCCCGACCUCGACAUGAAUCAUCCUGGUUUCGCCGACAAGGAGUACAGGGCCCGCAGGAAGAUCAUCGCGGAGAUCGCGUUUGCGUAUAAAUAUGGAGAUCCCAUACCGAGCAUUCCUUACACCGAGACGGAGAACGAGACUUGGAGACGCGUGUUCAACACGGUUGUGGACUUGGUGCCGAAACACGCCUGCGUUGAGUACCAGAGAGUAUUCAGGAAACUGCAGGCGGAGAAGAUUUUCGAGGCGCACCGCAUUCCUCAGCUUCAGGAAGUUAGCGAUUUCUUGAAGAAGAAUACUGGGUUCACUUUACGUCCGGCGGCUGGGUUGCUCACGGCUAGGGACUUUUUGUCCAGCCUUGCUUUCAGGGUGUUCCAGAGCACCCAGUACGUGCGUCACAUCAACAGUCCUUACCACACGCCGGAACCAGAUUGCAUCCACGAGCUUCUGGGUCACAUGCCGUUAUUGGCGGAUCCGAGCUUCGCUCAAUUCUCUCAAGAAAUCGGUUUAGCUUCCCUGGGAGCAUCUGAUGAGGAGAUCGAAAAAUUGUCCACCAUUUAUUGGUUCACCGUCGAGUUCGGACUCUGCAAGGAGGGACAAGAGAUCAAGGCUUAUGGUGCCGGACUUUUGUCCGCUUAUGGAGAACUGCUUCACGCUGUCAGCGAUAAAUGCGAGCAUCGACCUUUCGAGCCAUCUAUCACUGCCGUUCAGAAAUAUCAGGAUCAGGAGUACCAACCGAUCUACUAUGUUGCGGAAAGCUUUGAGGAUGCUAAGGAUAAGUUCCGUCGCUGGGUGGCCACCAUGAGCAGACCCUUCGAGGUUCGAUACAAUCCGCACACGCAACGCGUAGAGGUCCUCGACAGCGUCGACAGGUUGGAGAGCCUCGUCUCGCAGUUGAACACUGAGAUGACCCACCUGACGAACGCUUUGGACAAAAUCAAGAGGUCUUUCGCGUAAAGACGAGGAAAAUCCUCGUGAUACGUUUACUUUCGAAUCAGUGAGCUUCGCUCGAAUCCCCGACGUUCUCUCCUCUUCGAAGCUGUGUGUUCUAGCGAAAUAUUCGACUCGAAAGAGUGAUUUAGAGAAAGGCUAUAUAAAGGAUAACGUUUCUUUGUCCGAAAACGGUGUCCAACUCGGUGGUUAAAUGUCACGUCAUCUCCAUCGUCGAAUCGUCCUCACUCUGUGUAUAAGACCGCUCAUCCGCGUGUAACAGCGCGCGUAUUCCAAAGCGGAUUCGUCGUUCGUGGACCGAAUUUGAUCGUUCGUACGCGGACACUAUCGAUGUAUUAAAUAAGUAUUAUUUAUUCAAUUUGCGUUCACGCCCUUUUUCAAAAUAUUUAUUGGCUUCGACUCGAAAACGCUUUGAGCGUACGUUGCACGCGUCCUAGUGUAUUUUAUUUGAUCGUAUUACAUCUUAUUAUUAUUGUAUUAUUAUCGUGUUAAUUGUAGAGUAUACGUAGUUGUGUUUGAAGUAGCUUCACGUAGCCAAACGAAAGUAUCCACCGCGAUAACAAGUGAUAGCGUGUCGUCCUUUCGUAGAUCAAUUAUGACGACUAGUAUUAAAACGUAGCUAUUCUUUUUCUUCUCGAUAACCAUUAACGUUACUCAUUCUUGGGAGAUGCGCUUGUUCUUUCGCCAACGUAAACAUGAUCAAAUUUAUCGUAGGAAUGAUCAGGUUUUUGAGGAACGUCGUCGGAUUCGCGACUGAGGUGAUCGAAUUCGCGACGGAGCUGAUCGAAUUCUCCACGGAAUUGAUCGAGUUUGUUACGAAGGUUAUGAAGCUUAUGACAAACACGAUUAAAGACCAGAUUUGUGAAGAAGAUGAUCGUACAUGUUCGAUUUUGGAAGAAUGAUCGAAGUAGUUAGGAGGAGAUGCUCAAUUUUGUGAUAAAGAUGAUCAUGUUUACGAUGAGAAUGAUAGAUGAAUUUGUAAGGUGAUCUAAGGUGAUCAAAUUUGUGACUGAGAUGAUUAAACUUGUGACAAAGAUGAUCGAAGGUGAUCAAACAUCUGACAAAGAUGAUCAAAGGUGAUCAGACUUGUGACAAAAAUGAUCGAUGAUCAAAUUUGUGAGUAAGAUGAUCAAAGCUGAUCAAACUUGUGACUGAGAUGAUCAAAGGUGAUCAAACUUCUGACAAAGAUGAUCAAAGAUGAUCAAAUUUGUGACAAAGAUGAUCGAUGAUCAAAUUUGUGUGUCUCGGAUGAUCAAAGGUGAUCAAACUUGUAACAAAGCUGAUCAAAGGUGAUCAAACCUCUAACAAAGAUGAUCAUUGAUCAAAUUUGCAACAAAGAUGAUCAAAGCUAACGAAACUUGUGACAAAAAUGUCCCAAGACGAACAAGUUUCCAAUAAAAAUUAGUGACUGAAACAAUGAAAGUUGUUGAAAUUUGUAACAAAGCUGAUUGAAAGCAAGAAAUGAACGACAUGAAAAGAAUAGUUUAAAGAACAGAGUAUUGCCGUUGUUUCCUGAGAAUUUAGAUUUAGUAUUGAUGAAAAUAACUUCGAUAACGAAGUCACGAAUCAAUGUUAGGUAUGUUAGAGACGCACCGUUUAGCGUGUAGUGCGAGUCCUUUGCUUGUGCACCCUGCACCAAUUGUUUACCCUGUUGCUAACUCGUACCAAAUACUUUGUCUCCUGUUCGAAUGCGUACGAAAAUGACGCGCUAGAUUUCCUUUGUAUUAUAUUGUAAAGUACUCAGAGCAUAAUAAAAGCCUAAGAUAUGAAUCUUA